AAAAAAGCUCAUAGCCAAAAGUGCGUUCUUCAAUUUGUGAAAUCAAAAAGUAUUUUUUAAUUUAAUUCCAAUUAAACAAUAAUUCUUACAUGCUAUCAAUAAGAAAUAAGUUUAUUAAAAACAUCCAGUAAUUCAGCGAGUUUUGUUGUUGUUCCCUGACUUUUUUGAAGGUUCAUUUAGAUAAUUUUGUUAAAAUGUCUGAGAAACUUGAUGUCAUUAUAUUCGGAGCUUCUGGAUUCACAGGAAAGUAUUGUGUCUUUGAGGCAUGUACUGUAUUGGAGAAUUUAAAAUGGGGUAUUGCUGGAAGGAAUCAAGAAAAAUUAGAAGCUGUAUUGAAGGAAAUGGGCACUAAGGCUAAUAAAGAUUUGUCCAAAAUUCCAAUAAUUAUUGCAGAAGUUAAUGAUGAAAAGUCACUCUCUGAAAUGGCUUCCAAAGCAAAGAUUAUUGUAAAUUGCUGUGGUCCAUAUCGUUUCUAUGGUGAGCAAGUUGUCAAGGCCUGCGUUGAAGCCGGAACCCAUCAUGUGGAUGUUAGUGGAGAACCCCAGUACAUGGAGUCAAUGCAAUUGAAAUACAAUGACUUGGCCAAGGAAAAGGGUGUAUAUGUUGUGUCUGCUUGUGGUUUUGAUAGUAUUCCAGCUGAUUUGGGUGUGAUUUUCCUUGAAAAGAACUUUGAUGGAGUCAUCAAUUCCGUUGAAACUUAUUUGGAAAGUUAUACAACAGGUGGCAACCAUGGUGGUGCAUCUAUUCAUUAUGGCACUUGGGAAUCUGCAGUUUACGGUUUGGCCCAUGCUGGAGAACUUCGUGACAUUCGAUCAAAACUUUACAAAGGACCCUUGCCAAAGUUCCAACCCAAACUUAAAGCCCGAUCAGUUAUUCACACAUCAGAUGUCAUUGAUGCUGUCUGCCUACCAUUCCCCGGAUCUGACAAAUCUGUUAUCCAACGAUCACAAAGAUUCUUAUUUGAAACGGAAAAGAAACGUCCAAUCCAGGUUCAGGCUUAUGUUGGUUUUCGUUCCAUGGUGGCUGCUUUGAUUGUAGCCUUUGUUGGCAUUGUUUUUGGAAUAAUGACCAAAUUCGCACUUGGUCGUCAAUUGCUUUUGGAUUAUCCUAAAAUCUUCUCAUUUGGUUUUAUUUCACAUGAAGGCCCCAGUGAGGCAAAGUCAAAUGCUACUCGUUUUAAGAUCACAAUCAAGGGUAAUGGAUGGCCAAAGGCUGAAAAGUUGGCUGAGCCAACUGAUCAAUUCACUGAUCCACCAUCAAAGAAUAUGAUUGCAAAGGUUACUGGAUCAAAUCCAGGAUAUGGAGCAACUUGUGUUGCUUUGUUGGUUGCAGCAACAACAAUUCUUAAGGACAGUGACAAGAUGCCAGGAAGUGGAGGAGUCUUGCCACCAGGAGCAGCUUUCGCUAAAACCAAUAUGAUUGCUGAUUUGGAGAAGUACGAUCACGGCAUUAAAUUCGAAAUUGUUGCAAAUAAAUAAAUACAAGCAGCAGCUCAGCAUUUGCAUCACACAAUAAAAAAUGAAAUGAUUCCUCUUUUUCUAUUUAUUAUAUCGUUAUAAUUACGACUUCAAGUCCAAAAUUGUUGUCAUUUAAUUUUGUAAUGCUUAAUUAUUAUACACACACUUACUUAUUAAAUCGUAUUUACUAAAA